UAGUUGGUCCUUAUUGCUCUUCUGGUGUAGGCAGUUUUGUUUAUGGAAGAACUUGGUCUUGAUGCCAAAGCCAUAGGGAGGAUACUGAGCCGCUGCCCUGAAAUUUUCGCUUCCAGCAUUGAAAGAACUCUCAGGCGAAAAGUUAAAUAUCUUGCUGAUAUUGGAAUCUCUAGUGACCACCUUCCUCGGGUUAUUGGGAAAUAUCCAGAGUUACUUGUUUCUGAUAUAGAUAGUGCAUUCCUUCCACGGAUGAGAUAUUUGAUGAGGAGUGGGCUGUCUAAGCGGGAGCUAGCAUCCAUGAUCCGUAGAUUCUCUCCACUACUGGGAUACAGCAUUGAGGAGGUUUUGAGACCGAAGCUUGAAUUUCUUGUGAACACCAUGGAGAAGCCUAUUAGGGAUGUCGUGGAAUAUCCUAGGUACUUCAGCUACUCCUUGGAUAAGAAGAUAAAACCCAGGUUUUGGGUGCUCAAGGGCCGAGAUGUAGACUGUAGUUUGAAAGACAUGCUGGGGAAGAAUGAUGAGGACUUUGCGACAGAUUAUAUGGGUAUUGGAAGGAUGCUUGUCCCCCCUCCCUCUUCUCAAGAAUGGGUGUGAGUGGAAAGGGGGGGUUGUGGGAUUUCAGUUUAUAUGUGGCUGUUGUGUAUAUUGUAAUAAAUCAUGUAUCAAAAAGGGGCUUACAUAAAACUGAUCAAAAGGGCCUGCCAAUUUGGUAGAGGUUAAAUAACGGAAAAAUAUGUGGCUUUGUAUGUGUAUAAUAUCUCUAGGCAGAGUAAUAUACCCUUGGCUUGUGAAUUGCUGCUGAGUACGGUGGUGGGGUGCUCUACAGAUUAGCAAUCUUUUAUACUCGUGGACACGGUUGGCUGAGGCUGAGGUUUAAAAUGGUAUGUAUGCGUCGAGAAUUUAUCUAAGCACACAAAGAGUAAACUUUCCCGUGCAAGUAACAUACAGAGUGAACUUUCAAAUGCAAAUGUUUGAACAAGCCCUUACUAUUAUC